AUGUCAUCGUCCAACACGUCUUCACUGUUCAACACGGACACAGAGCUCUUCACAAUUGGUAUCGUAUACGUAGUUCUUACAGUAAUCGUUUUCCCCGUAUAUGGCCUCCUUAUUUAUGCGCUAAAUUCUGAGAGCGAACUGAAAGAAAAUAUAUCUUACAAACUCUUGAAUCUCCUCAAUUAUUGUGAUGUUUCUCAAUCGUUCUGCCAUUUUUUGACGGGCAUUUUCUUGAUUUUCCCUAUUAUUUCCGAGAAAGCCCAAUUCUUCGUAAGAAUUGUUGGAUGUACUGCCAACUCACUUUGGCUUGCAACUUUUAUCAUUAUGGCAGUGCUCGCCAUCACCCGUAUUGGGGUAGCAUUCUUCCACAUUAAAGCAACAAAGUGGUCUGGCUGGAUGAUCGUUGCUCUUGGGAUCGGAUUCACUUAUAUACUCGUAGUUUGGAUGAUCGGUUGUGUCACGCAAAAUUUCGAACUCACUGGACCAAGUUGGUCUUAUGAUAUGACUGUUGAAUAUGCGAGUUUACUUGCGAAUCUCGAGCUUGUGCUAUGUUUCCCUACACUUGCACUGAGCUUUUUUUCAUAUAUUCUUAUCAUUUCCAGUAUUUGCAAGAAGCGUAAUAUUGCCCAAUCAUCCUCAUCGUCGAUUUUUCGAACUGAAGUAGGAAUUCUUGUGCAGGCAACUAUUCUCACAGCCUACAUGGCUAUUCUGAUCACACUUUGGCACAAUGCAGAUUCCUGGUUUAAAAUGAGAAACUUCACGUUGGCAUCACUUAACUGUGGGUGGAUCCUAUUUUCACAUCUCAACUUGGUUCUUCUCAUCUCUAUAAAUAAAGGUGUUCGAAGUCAGAUUCUGAAGCUAUUGUGCUCCAAGAAAGUGCCUAGACAAACUUCAAACCUUGUGCCUGUUCAUGUCAGUUCAACUGCUCCCGUUGAAUCAUAA